CUGUGCUUUCUGCCUUCACUCUCGUUGCCAUGCUGUUUACAGUGAGAGCCGGACUGAUCCCAGCUCAGCUCAGACUCUUCACCAGAUUCACCAGCCUCAGACCCCCACACUGUCCCCGGUUUAUCAGCAUGUCCUCCUCUCAGGCAGCCCGGUCCAAACCCCCAGCGACCCUGCUGGGCUCCAUGGCGUUCGGGGGUCGCGCUGAUGCGGAGCUGAGCGGACAGAUGGUGCAGGUGUUUCUGAAGAGAGGACACCAGGAGCUGGACACUGCCUUCAUGUACACAGAGGGACAGGCGGAAGCUAUAAUAGGGGGCAUGCAGCUUCCUGAGACAGUAAAAAUUGCAACCAAAGCGAACCCUUGGGAUGGCAAGACCCUGAAGCCGGAGAGUGUUCGCUCUCAGCUGGAGACGUCUCUAAAGAGACUGCACACCCAAAGCGUGGACAUCUUUUACCUGCAUGCCCCGGACCACCAGACCCCCGUUCAGGAAACACUGCAGGCCUGCAACGAGCUCCACAAAGAGGGGAAGUUCAAAGAGCUGGGCUUAUCUAACUAUGCCUCCUGGGAAGUGGCUGAAAUCUACUGCAUCUGCAAACAUAACAACUGGGUGCUCCCUACAGUCUACCAGGGAAUGUACAACGCCACCACGCGGCAAGUAGAGACAGAGCUGCUUCCUUGCUUGAGAUACUUCGGCAUCCGUUUCUAUGCGUACAAUCCUCUCGCAGGAGGUCUGCUCACUGGGAAAUAUCAUUAUGAGGACAAAGAUGGAAGCCAGCCAGCUGGACGCUUCUUUGGGAAUAACUGGGCUGCUGCCUACAGAGACAGGUACUGGAAGGAGAGCCACUUCUAUUCUAUAGAUGGUGUUCUGAAGGCUCUUGAAGCAGCAUACGGUUCAGAGAAGCCAUCAUUAACUUCAGCUGCCAUGCGCUGGAUGUAUCACCACUCUCAGCUAAAGGGGGAUCUUGGUGAUGGUGUGAUCAUUGGGAUGUCCACUAUGGAGCAGCUUCAGGAGAAUUUAACAGCAGCUGAAGGAGGCCCACUGAAGCAAGAAGUUGUGGAUGCCUUCAAAAAGGGCUGGGACCUGGUGGCCCACGAGUGUCCCAACUACUUCCGUUAGAUUCAGACUGUUUAUAUAGAAAACCUCUUUAUUCUCACCGGUAAAUCAGCACUUCCAAAUAAUUGUAUUUUUUUUCUUCUUCAAAAGUUUUAUAACAACAUGUAAUCAAUUCACCAAAUUUAGCUGUGAGGUAAUAAAUACGUAAUUUAUCA